UUACUCGCUGCGAAGUGUUGUUAUGUCAGGUCGGUAUAUGUAACUUGUACGUAAGCAGCACUUCGGUAAUAGCUGCAGUUUUUGUGGGAAUCACAGAGGACAUAAAGAAAUUCAGCAUGCUUGGAGCAGUGGUGAUUGGCAUUGGCACAGCUGGUUGUGUUAGGAUCAGAGACAUGCUGGUGCCACUACGUGGCAGUCCUGCAGAGAAACUCGCUGUCAAAGGAUUUAUAUCCAGGAGAAGCCUGGAGCCUCAGCAGGGAGUGAGUCGGAUCUCACUGGAGGAGGCUUUGGGUAGAGACGACGUUCAUGUGGCGUUCAUCUGUACUGAGAACAUGUCACACGAGGACAAUGUCAGGAUGUUUCUGCAGGCACAGAAGCAUGUCUGUGUUGAGUAUCCUAUGACCAUGAGCUACAAGGCUGCGGUGGAGCUUUGGGACUUAGCUGAAGAAAAAGGAGUGAUUCUGCAUGAAGAACACAUUGAGCUGCUGACAGAGGAAUACAAACAGCUGAAGAGAGAGGUAGAGGGGAAAACCUUGCAAGAAGGUACUCUUCAUUUUACUGGUGGAGCUUUAAAGCCUGGAUUUGGUUUCCCAUCAUUCAGCGGCAUCGCCCGCCUUACUUGGUUGGUUGAGUUGUUUGGUGAGCUCUCAGUAUCUGCAGCAACACUGGAGGAGGACCCUGCUAACAGCUACAGCAAGAUGACUGCAAAGCUGCUAACAUCUGACAACAGAUCUCUGACAUGGAUUGAGGAACGGCAACCAGGCCUCCCCCGAGCAAAAAACAUCAACUUUCAGUUUGAUUCAGGGCCUCUGACUCAGAUUCCUCCGGCACCAAGAGGGACCGUGGGCCUUUUUAUGCAAGACCUGAUCCAUUUCUCUGCUAAGCUGGCAGGCCAAGUGAGUCCUGAAGAGCUCCAGAGAGAGAGAGUCAGGGUCCUACACUGCCUGGAACUGGCAGGCAAAAUACAAGAGCUUUGCCAAGGUUAAAGGGAAACUCCUUGAUCUCAUUGGAUGAUAGUUACAUUUAUACCCCUGUUUCAAAAAACAUUUGGGAUGCUGUGUGGAAUGUAAAUAAAAUGCAGUGAUUUGAAAGUCACAUAUAUUUAUAGGCUACGUCCACACGUACACGGGUAUUUU